AUGGCCACUUUCUCUUCGACACCCAUCGUAAUUGAUGGCAAGGGUCACCUCCUUGGUCGACUGGCCUCGAUCAUCUCCAAGCAGAUCCUCAAUGGCCAGAAAAUUGUUGUGGUUAGGUGUGAAGAGAUCAACAUCUCUGGCAGCUUUUUCCGCAACAAGCUCCGAUACCACAAUUUCCUCCACAAACGCCACAUUGUCAACCCCAAAAAAUCCGGCCCCUUCCACCACCGCGCGCCCUCCAAGAUUCUCUACCGGGCCAUCCGAGGAAUGACUCCCCACAAGAGCGCCCGGGGUGCUGCUGCCCUGGAGCGCCUGAAGCUCUAUGAGGGCGUUCCUCCUCCAUAUGACCGCAAGAAACGGAUGGUUGUCCCGGAGGCUUUGAGGGUGUUGAGGUUGAAGCCUGGUCGCAAGUACUGCACGGUCAAGCGGCUGUCUCAUGAAGUCGGCUGGGGUUACAAGGACGUCGUAGACCGUUUGGAGGAGAAGAGGAAAAUCAAGGCCCAGGCAUUCCAUGAACGCAAGCUUGCUGCUAUCAAGCUUCGCCAAAAGGCCACUCUUGACAAGUCGUCGUCUUUCGAGAAACUUACUCAGCUCGGCUACUAGCUGCUAUACUACUUUCAUGAUAUGUGAAUGUCCAUACUAUGUUACUGCAGUGCUGCGUAUACAUCGUUU